AUAUUUUCUUCUACGACCAAAGUGCUUCAGCGAUACCUACUGAUUAUAGCAUCUUCAAAACCUAACAUAAAACCCUAAUUCUCAAUCUUUAACGUUCUCUUUCAAUUGGGUUCUCUUUCCUUUUGCUACUUACCCCUCUUUUGAUUUUCCGCUCCUUUCCUGUCUAAGCUCUGUCAUACGCAACGAAAAUGGAAAUUCCACUUCCAAACGGUGUCGUGUUGGACAGUUCCGUGGGCUUUGCACUGCAAGCUAUGGUUGUCGAGACCGCCAUUGUUGUUACAAAUUCAGUCGCUUGGUUGCUGAUGAUGAUGGGAACUAUGCCUAAUGGAAUUGAUGUCCUCAUCAAAGAGCCCGAAGCAUAUGCAGGGUUUCUGCUUGCUCUUCUUGCAGUGAGAAAGCCUGGUCUGGAGAACAAGGAUGCUGGUGACACCGAGGAUGAUGACAAUGAUGAUGAGGAAGAUGAAGCAGCAGGUGAUCAAGAUGAAGAUGCAGGUGAGGAGGAAGAUGGAUCAGGUGAAGACGGUGAAGAUGAAGGGGAUCCAGAAGAUGAACCUGAUGCCAAUGGAGAUGGGGCCAGUGGAGAAGAGGAUGAAGAUGAUGACGACGACGACGAUGACGAUGAUGAUGAUGGUGAUGGCGAGGAAGGUGAAGAAGAAGAGGAAGAAGAGGAAGAAGAUGAGGAAGAGGAAGAGCUUCAGCCACCAGCUAAAAAGCGAAAAUGAGCUAAGAUGUUUCUUGUUUAGUCUUUGCUGAGUUUGGGGGUUAUGGAUGUUAGAGAUUGUGACAAUUUGGAAAUCAGACAUGUUUGGUAUUUCCUAACAUACACUCAUUGUAUCAUUAUAUAACUUCUGCUUCACUCUUCACUCAUCUACUCCUUUGUAUGACUUUCUCCUUUGAGGGUUAAUGUAUCACAACCUUUAAAACA